UCUCCUCCUCAUUCAGCCCAAGCACCCAGCCAGGAACAUGUGGAGCUGCGCUCUUACCCUGUGCCUGCUACUCACUGCCUUCCCUGGGGGGGACCCCGCACCUCCUGAUCCACAGUACCUGCUGCUGGUACCCACGGUCCUGCAUGGGGCAAGUGAGGAGAAGUUCUGCCUGCUGCUCUCCCAUCUCAAUGAGACCGUUACAAUGACACUGACUCUCUACCUUCCGACACAGAAUCACACCCUGUUGGAGAAGCAGGUCACAGAGAAAGAAGAGGAUGGCUGUGUCACGUUUAUGACUCCCAAGCUGGAGGUGGCAGCAGUCGCCAUUCUCACUCUGGACGUUCAAGGAGACGCCUUACACUUUAAAUCUCAGAGAAAAAUCCUGAUCAAACCUCUGCAGAACCCUGUGUUUAUUCAAACUGACAAACCCAUCUACAAACCUGGGCAGAAAGUUCAGUUCCGCAUUGCAAGCCUGGAUGAGAACUUUCACCCUGUAUCUGAGAAGUUUCCUGCAGUUUAUAUUACGGACCCACAGGGCAACCGGAUAAGCCAGUGGCUGAAUGUGGAGCUCAAGAAAGGGCUUACCCAGGAAUCCUUUCAGCUCAGCUCUGAGCCCACCCUUGGGAUAUACAAACUGACGGUAGGAAGAGAGAAAAGUGCCCCUGUUACUCACAGCUUCAGCGUGGAGGAAUACGUUCUACCAAAAUAUGAGGUUCAAGUCAAACUCCCGCCAGUUGUUGGGAUCAUGGAUAAGGGAAUAAAGGUGACAGUGUGUGGCAGAUAUACAUAUGGAAAGCCGGUGUUGGGAAGGAUCAAGGUCCGAGUGUGCAGAAAGUUCUCUGACCGUUACAAUUUAUGUAAAGGGGAAGAAGACGGGGUGUGCGAGGAGAUUAACCAUCGUGCCGGUCCUAAUGGCUGUUUUUCAGAAGUGGUGAGCACCAGAAUGUUUCAGAUGAGGCGCUCAGGUUAUGAGGAUAAAAUCAGAGCUUCAGCCACAAUCAUAGAAGAUGGGACAGGUGUGGAAUUAACUGCAGCAGUUUCUUCAGAGAUUAAGAAAACCCUGGCUAAGGUGUCUUUCAGGCACCUUGACUCCCACUACAGGAAAGGCCUCCCCUUGUUUGGACAGUUAUUUCUGGAGGAUGCGUCUGGAAACCCAAUGGCCAAUGAGACAGUGGUGAUCUUUGUAGGUUAUGGAACCAAUUUCACCUACACCACUGGGCAGGAUGGAACAGCAGAGUUCUUGAUUGACACCAGCAAUGUCCAGAAGUCAUCGCUUCAGAUCAGGGCCAGAUAUAAGGAAGGAGAAUCCUGCUACCAAUACAGGUGGGUGAGUGUAUCCUAUCAGGGGGAUGAGAGGAGUGUUAAAGAGUUCUACUCAAGAGCCAAGAGCUAUCUAAAAAUCCAGCCCAUCUACAAGAUUCUAGAGUGCCAAAAGCAAGAGAAGGUCAUUGUCCAUUUUAUUCUAUCGGCUGAGGGUGUUGGAGAGACAACAAAUGCAGUUUUUCACUACCUGGUCAUGUCGAAGGGAGGCAUCGCAGGACAUGGGAGACAUGAGAUUGAGAUCUCGCCAAAUCAAAAUGCAAGUGGGACCUUCUGGUUUCGCCUCACCGCCGGUACAGAUAUUGCACCUUCUGCCAACUUCUUGGUCUACCUGAUCCUGGAGAGUGGGGAGGUCAUUGCCGACAGUAUCAGCCUCAAGGUGGAAAAAUGCUUUGGGAACAAGGUGGAGCUUUCAUUUUCCCCCAGUGAAGCCCUUCCAGGUGCUCCGGCUGAUCUCCACCUGCUCACGGCCCCUUCAUCCCUGUGUGCAUUGAGAGCCGUAGAUGAGAGCGUUCUGAUUCUGAAACCAGAGGCUGAACUUUCCGCACAAACGAUAUACAACUUGCUGCCGCUACAAGACCUCAGUGGAUAUAUUCAUGAUGGAAACUUUCUUGAAGAGCUUUGGGACGACCCUUGCAUAAAAAUGGAGCCCCUCUUUAUAAAUGGCAUCUAUUACAUGCCAACAAAUCCAGAAUGGGACACAGACACCUACACAAUCUUAAAGAACCUGGGCCUGAAGGUUUUCACUAACGCCAGGAUAAGGCCCCCACUUGUAUGUGGACCUCGGAGUUUUUAUGAACAUUACGGUACAGGUGGACCUUUUGCAGUUCCAAUGAGUCUGUCAGCGGGAAUGGGUGUGCAAGCGGGAAUGGGUGUGCAAGCGGGAAUGAGUGGGGCAGGUUUGCACAUCGGAAGGAACAUUCCGGUGGCUGAGCCUGUGAUCGAGACUGUGAGAAAAUAUUUCCCUGAGACUUGGCUCUGGCAAUUGGUUGAAACUGAUGCUGAUGGGAAAGCUGAUCUGGCAGUGACUGUCCCAGACACCAUAACGACUUGGAAAGCCGGAAUGUUCUGUACCUCACAGGGUGCCGGGUUUGGUCUUUCUGAAACUAUAUCCCUGGUAGCUUUCCAGCCCUUCUUCCUUGAACUUACCCUGCCGUAUUCUGCUAUUAGAGGAGAAAUAUUUACCCUCAAGGCUACAGUGUUUAAUUACCUCUCACAGACCAUAAGGGUGGGUAUUUUACUUGAAGACUCAAACCAGUUCUUGGCUAAACCCACAAAGGUGCAGGAAGAUGGUUACUGUGUCACAGCAAAUGGGCAAGUCACGCUGUCGUGGGAGGUGACCCUUAAGUCUUUAGGGGAAGUGAACUUUACAAUGAGUGCAGAGACCCUGAAUGGAGAAGGCCUGUGUGAGAAUGAGAUUGUUAGCCCAGCACAGGGAAGGAAAGAUACCAUCACUAAACAUAUCAUUGUAGAGCCAGAGGGAGUGAAAAAGGAGGAGACACAUAGCACCAUGAUCUGUGGGAAAGGUUCUGAAAUUACUGAGAAUAUUCCUCUCAAACUCCCAGAGAAGGUUGUAGAGGGAUCAGCGCGGGCCUAUUUCUCUGCCGUCGGUGAUAUUCUAGGCACAGCCAUGCAGAACUUGGGGAACCUCGUUCAGAUGCCGUACGGUUGUGGAGAGCAGAAUAUGGUUCUCUUCACCCCAAUUAUCUACAUCUCGGAAUAUCUGAACAAAACGAAUCAGCUGACUCCAGAAAUGAAAUCAAAAACCCUCAGCUACAUGAGCACUGGCUACCAGAAGCAGCUUUCAUACAAACACCCCGAUGGAUCUUACAGUGCAUUUGGACAACGCUAUGGAGAGGGCAAUACCUGGCUGACUGCAUUUACUAUGAAGUCUUUUGCCCGAGCUCGCGCUCACAUUUAUAUUGAGGAGAAACUGAUCACGGGAGCUCUUCUGUGGCUCUCCAUCCGGCAAAAGCCCAACGGCUGUUUCCAUAGUGUCGGCAAACUCUUCAACAAUGCCAUGAAGGGAGGAGUAGAUGAUGAAGUGACAUUGGCUGCCUACAUAACGAUUGCUCUUCUGGAAUAUCCGCUCCCUGUCACACAUCCUACUGUCCGAAAUGCUCUCUUCUGCCUGGAGAGUGCUUUGGGAGGCAAGAACGGCAUCUACACCAAGGCCUUAAUGGCUUACGCUUUCACUCUUGCUGGAAGGAUGGACAUCCGCCGUCAGCUCCUACAGUCAUUGGAUGAACAGGCCAUAAAGAAGGAUGGCACAGUUCAUUUGCAUCGUCCAGAGUUUUCUGAUGAUUCGGGGGUGGAUAGGUUUCCUUACAGACGCGCCCCCUCAGCAGAAGUAGAGAUGAAUUCUUAUAUGUUACUGGCUCUCUUGUCCAAACAUAAUGUCUCAGAUGAAGAUCUGACCUUGGCCACCCAGGUUGUCUCCUGGAUGAUAAAGCAGCAGAACCCUAAUGGUGGCUUCUCCUCAACUCAGGACACAGUUGUGGCGCUUCAGGCUCUUUCUCUCUAUGGGUCUCUCACUCUCAGCCAUGAUGCCAUGAGAACGGUUUCACUUUCUUUGGACAAAACUCCAGUUGCAGAGUUCCAUGUAGAGGAUUCAAACCGGUUGCUUCUCCAACGUAUUGCCCUGAAGGAAGUCCCAGGGGAUUAUUUGGCUACAGUCAGUGGGUCAGGGUGUCUGUACCUACAGACGACCCUGAGAUAUAAUGUUCCCAUUCCCAAGGAAGAUGCGCCUUUCACAAUAUCAGUAACCACUGACCCUGAGACCUGCGACCGGAAAUCCUUGAAAACAUUUACCAUAGUAGCCAAUGUAAGCUACGUUGGCAAGAGGUUGAACUCAAACAUGGCUGUAGUGGAAGUAAAACUCCCAUCAGGAUACAUCCCGAUUAAGCCUUCUGUCAAAAAGAUGACCGCUUCAAACAGACUCAUUCAAAGAGCAGAAGCCCACGCUAAUGAGGUCAUAGUCUACUUUGAGUCGCUCUUCAAAGAUAUUCAGAGUUUUAGGUUCUCGGUGGAGCAGGAAAUUCCCAUCGGUAACCUGCAGCCAGCCACUGUUGUUGUCUACGAUUACUACGAGACAGAUGAUUUGGCCAUCACCAAGUAUGAUGCCCCCUGCAGCGCAAAAGAUGGAGCAAACAAAGAACAGCAAUAAAACGGGCCCAGAAGGACAAAAGGUGCAGAACCCACCAACUAAAUGACUUGUCAGUGGAUUUGGAGAAAUUAGAUAAGUGCAUUGUUUUUGUCUCUCUGUCAAUUUGCCAACGUGAUUCAUUUCUAGAAUAUUUUAUAAUGGACAGGAGGAGAUAUUAAUCUGACCCCCAUUAAUUUUAUAGCUGCAGAUCAAUCUAUUAAAUGUAUAUUUUAUCCAUGUACAUACAGUAUAUUAAACAUUGUAUUUGAAGGAACAGUCCCACUUUUGCUCAUAGCCGAAAUGGAGAAACAAUGGGGCCAUUUACUAACUGUCUGAUUUUUUUUACCGAUUUGGAUUUUUAGCGGUAAAAGUCUGAAAUUUUUUAAGAAAGAAUUUUUCACCUCAAAACUUUUUAGAGGUUUUCGAUUUUUGACCCUUGUUUUUGUGCGAAAACUCGAAUUUUGUGUUUUCGGGGCGGCAAUUCUAAGUCAAAGUUUCCCGCGUUUAGUAAACGUGGAAAUGAGUUUAGUCACUUUUUUCGAAAUAAAAAAAGGAGAAAUGUUACAGUUUUAGUAAAUGUGCCCCUAAGACAGCAUAGGGAUUCCUCGGAACUAAACACAGUUAAGUAGAGGCAGCCCCAAAGCAGAGAAACGCAGCCAAAUUUUGUGUCCCGACAAAUUUUUCCAGAAUUUUCUGUUUGCUCAUCACUAGUCCCGAUAAACAAGACUAUUGCAGGUAAACAAAGCAAGUGAACAUACAGGGUUACCUUUAUUUUCUUUCAUGUUGAUUGGUUGAGGGAAAAGGAAUGUAUUGUGCCUCACUGAUGCUGAAUAGAGCAAGUAAACACACUGAUGGCACGAUGCCGUUAGGCACAAUCACAAGAAAUGAAUAACGAGAUUACUUAAUGUACCUGCCUGUUUACAAGAGGAUGAUCCAGGAAGCUCUUGAAAAUAAAAACAUCACAACCA